CGUAACCUAUUUCUACCUCAUUAAUACAUUCAUACAUCAAUGCCGUCUUCGCUGUCUUUUUACCACAAAAUUCCCACCAUCAUCCAGCAUCAUCAUCCAGCACAUCCAUAGGUACGACUGAUCGAUACAUAUCCACCAAAUACAUUCUCUAGUAUUCUACUGUUUCUAAGGUGAUUGGUGUUAGUUUCUUUGCUACAUGGUCAUCACACGGUUACGGCGCAACAAACAAAUUUCAGACGCACGCAAUUCUCUUGUCUUCCCCUUUCAUGGCAAGAGUACCUGACAAGAUCAUUCACUUCGUUGAACAAAUCAUUUAUCGAUUUGUGCAGUCUAUUAAUCCACCAUUGUUUUCACCAUUGUUCUCCCAUCUUCGACUUACUAUAAAUUCUAGCCCUAUGCAAUCCAGGGCCAUUCUAUAACUACUAGACAGCCGUUUAGAUCAACGGCUGUGAGAAAAGCAUCAUGCCUCCACCAAAGGCGCGGCUAAAGUUCCAAGCCGACUUGAAGUUAGCAGCCGAGAAAAACAGUGACCAUAUAUCAACCAUCAAAAAGGGGGAUGUCGAAGACGAAUUCACGUUCGUGUUUAGCCAUCCUAACCUGCCUAGACCCUCUCACAUUGAGAUCCAUGUCCAACCACAAGAUGUGCAAGGUUAUCCAGACCAGAACACUUUCCUUGUCUACACCAAUGAUGAUAUACUUCCAGCAGUUGCCCAUGUUCUAGAAGAAUCCAUAUCCGAGGCAGCAGGCAUGAAAGUCCAGGACAUGCUUAGCAAUAUCUCUCGAAGACUUCGGGCUGUCCUAGAGAGUAACGGCUCCGAGGAAGAAGAUAGUGAUAUCGACAUGAUGGAUGAUACAAUAUUAUCAGGCAGCAGUGAGGGAGAUAUACCCUUUGAAUAUGGUGACGAUCUCGACGAUGAUCUCGACGACGAGCUGUUUGGUCAUGGAACAAGGAACAGGGACAGGACAAAUCUUCAAUUUGAACCUGACACACCACUUGCACCGUUGCUUCUGCAGCGAAUCUGCCGAGAUCUUCGGUCUGUGCUCAAGGCAGGAUUUCACGUGGGGAAGAUUCAUGGAUUUGAGGACGGCGUAUAUGAGAGCAUGGUAUCAAUUUCGAUUCGGGUGACCAAAUUGUGUCUUUCUAAAGAGAUACACGAAGCAUGGGGUCUUAGCUCUUCAGACUUCAUUGUCCUACUCAUCAAAUUUGACCGAUAUUACACUACUAUCGAAGACGUACUUCAGGGCCAAACUGGACAUGCCAGAGCCAAUUUUCGUCUAAGAAGGUGUUCUAAAAAGAAACCUUCAUAUCAACAAGCCCUAGCUGCUUUCAGAACCGAGACAGCUGCGACAGCUGCGAAUCAUGCUAACGUAUCACAAGACCCAGAGCUAUAUACGUUUUGGGGCAGCAAGUCGAUCGACAAGCUCAUGAACGAAGACUUCAUGCCAAUGUUGAAGCUGAGGAAAGAACGUGGAGUUUCCUGGGAUAUGGCGAAGGAAAUAAGACGCGCGUAUGAAAUGAAGUCGUUCUUAGGGUUUCAGCCAUCAUCCGAAGGCGUGGAGGUCGCGGAAUACGAAGAAGAAUCCACUGAUAAGGCUCAGUUGCCUCCUAUUCUCGCCAAUGAUCACAUGCUAAGUGACGGCGAGGUCUCUUUACCACUCGUUGCCAUACAGUUUGCCUUGCGCUACCUAGUUAGAUGCACAGACUACUGUACAGUCUGCCAUCGCAGAAUGAAAGGGAACUUUGAGGCUCUGAGACCGUACGUCUGCAGCGAUCCCCUCUGUCUUCACCAGUACAUGAACAUAGGCUUAGGCCCGGACGUAGAUCAUGAGAUCCUAAGCCAACCUAACGUUGUCGACCUCCUGGUUAGCUUCUGCUAUGCUAGUCUGUUUGCCUCGUUGGCAGGGAAUUCCGUCAUGCGGGAGUUUCCCACGGGGUUAAACUUACAAGUGCCGAAGAUACUAGGACACUACACAUCUGCAUAUUCCAUUCAAGAUCCUCUCGCGCAUGAACUCGCGCGUGAAAGACAAAUGUCGGGAAAUGCAACGCCCCGCAUCGUACCUGUAUAUGGGGGAAAACUUAUAGACCCUUUGGACGUGACGUUUAAUUUGGCCGACUCUACAGCUACAAUAACUAGUGGGUUAGACGGCGUUAUUAUAAAAGAAGGUCAAUGGGUGAUUAUCUCGACCGAGAUCCCAAGCAGUUUCGAGAUGGGGCCGGAUCCAAUGACUGUGCUACACCAUGUCCGUAUCAUAUCCAAGUAUGGGGCUUUGCUACAGCUCAAGGUUAUGGUACAACAUGUAUUACCUCAUCAGAACAGCGAUACAUCGUUAGGAUUUGGCCUAAUUGAUGGUCAAACCAUCCGUUCCAGCGUAGGGGAUAUCAUACCAGGUCAUCUUGUAUUCUGCGAUGCAGAUUUAGACGAUAUCCAAAGCGUGUACGACAAGGCUUUCUCCAUGUUAAUUAUACUUGCUACCUUCCCUUCGGUCGCAGACAUGAAGCAGCAUUUAAUUGACAACCAACAGCUGUUCAACUGGAACAGAAUGCCACGGGCAGCCGUGGAUCUACUAAGAUGGAUUAUGGCUUCAAAUAGGUCAUAUAUCGUACAGGUGGACGAUGAAAGUCCUACGGAUGCUGAUGCUGUUCCAUCCCCCGAGAAGAUUUAUGGCGUUGAUGGUUGGAUCCAAUUCAGAUUCGCCCAAGGGUCUUUAGAGAAGGAAAACCGCUUCAACGAGGUUCUGAAGAGUAUUGAUAAACCGCAGAAGACCCUUGUUGCUUGGCACGGGAGCGCCCUUGGGAACUGGCAUAGUAUUAUUCGCCAGGGUCUGAACUAUAACAUCACCCUACAUGGUCGAAGUUAUGGGGACGGUAUCUAUUUUGCCAGGCAGUUUCAAACUAGCCUUAGCUAUACGGCUACGAAUGAUAAAUCCUCAAUUAUAUGGCCUAACUCCUCCCUGGGGAUUCGGGCCGUCAUCAGCUUAAACGAGCUUGUCAAUCUGCCUGAGCAGUUUAAAAGCAAAAAUCCUUUCUUCGUGGUACAACACUGUCAUUGGACUCAGUGUAGGUAUCUUUUCGUUCAGCCCACACCAGCGGCGGAUCGGAACGGGCCUGGGAAUACGGCUGGGAUCCUUGCUAGACAAGACAGGCUUUCGGCCUUCCCUCAAUCUUCACAUACCAGCGAGAAGGCGCCUACUGGGGUGCCAAAGUUCGUACAAGAUCCAGCAUGGCGCAUUUCGGGUCCUCGCAAUCAAUCUGUGUUUAUUCCGAGAUGUGCUAUUCCUUCGGCGCAAUAUGGAUGCAAUACUUCGACGGCAUCAUUGGUAGAUGGUAUAGGGGGGCCAGAGAAUCUUGAGAUGGUCAGCAGCGACGAAGACGAAGAGGAUAUCUUGUUCCUCUCCCCAAAGGAGGGAGUCUCUCAUAAUGACCAGAUAUAUAAAACUGAUUUUCGCCCUGGGAUGCUUGAUUUCUCUACUCUUCCACAACUAGCGCCUCCAUCAUACGCAACCAAGGCUGCUCAAAGGGCUCUCGGGCAGGAGAUUAUGAAGCUAGAGAAGGUACAAUCCACAACACCUCUUCAUGAAUUAGGCUGGUAUAUCGAUUUUGAAAAGAUCAACAAUAUGUUCCAAUGGAUCGUGGAGCUGCACUCCUUCGACCCCGACCUCCCGUUAGCGCAGGACAUGAAGGUGGCUGGCCUAACUAGCAUCGUCCUUGAGAUCCGCUUUCUCCGCGAAUUCCCCAUGUCCCCGCCAUUUGUUCGCGUGGUUCGCCCCCGUUUUCUUCCGUUCGCUAGCGGUGGAGGUGGCCAUGUCACGGCAGGUGGAGCUAUGUGUAUGGAGCUUCUAACAAACACGGGCUGGUCACCGGCAAACAGUUUGGAAAGCGUUCUCUUACAAGUACGCUUAGCUAUCUGUAAUACGGACCCCAACCCAGCACGCCUGGACAAUAUAAAUCGGCGCCGGAUGGACUACGGUAUCUCCGAAGCGUUGGAGGCCUACAUUCGGGCCGCAGUUGCACACGGAUGGGAUGUGCCUAAAGACCUGCGAGAAGCAUCUGCUUCUGGAUUUGCUUAAUGGAUAGAUCUUAGUCCAAGUAUAAGAGACUAAACCGAAUACUUCAAGGCAACUUCAAGGCAACUUCAAGGCACUAUGUCAACAGGAGUCAAGAUUGACUCGUAGGGCGUGCCGUAAGUCAGAUACCUCAUGUUUCUCUUUAAGCCUUGAUCCACCAACCUAUCUUAGGCACUGGUCCUACUUCAGGGUAAUUUGCUUCAUACACCGCAUACCAGAUGUGAGAACUUGGCCGACUUUUGAUCAACGACGUGAACAACCAAUUCUAUAGGGCUUAUAGCUUAGCAUCUGGCCACGUGGUAGUCAGACUGCCUACUGACUAGUACUUGGCCGCACAGGAAACCGAAUUCACGAUAGCACUUCGUUGUAUUUAAGGGGUAGUUGCCUAGUUAGUCCAUAGAGACCAUAAUAAAUACUAAUAGUUUUGCGAAAUCAACCUUAUGGCAUGAGGG